AAUACGUUUUAGCUGAAUAGCUAUGCACUGUACAAGAUAUAUCUAUCUCUCUUGCGUACAGAAAGGGUUAUUAUAAAGGAUAAAUUAUGGAAAUGGAUAUCGAGCCAGACAAGCCUUACUUCUUCGGAGAUAUCGGCUGCUGGGCUGAGAGGACCCAGGUGCACGAGGCGGCCUCCCUGGGCCAGGCCCAGAGGCUGCAGCAGCUCAUCCAGAGCGGAGCCUCCGUCAACAUUGUGGCCGUGGACUCGAUCACCCCCUUACACGAGGCCUGCAUCCAGGGACAGACCCAGUGCGUCAGACUGCUGCUGGAGGCUGGAGCACAGGUGGACGCGCGGAACGUGGACGGCAGCACCCCGCUGUGCGAGGCGUGUUCGGCAGGGAGUCUGGAGAGCGUGCGGAUGCUUCUGGAACACGGCGCCAGGGUGAACCCCACCCUCACCUCCCGCACCACCUCCCCCCUCCACGAGGCCUGCAUGGGGGGUAACUCGGAUUGUGUGCAGCUGAUGGUCACCAGAGGGGCGGGGCUGGAGACGUAUGAUCUGUACUACGGCACACCGCUGCACGUGGCCUGUGCCAACGCACACGUCGGCUGUGCCAAGGUGCUGCUGAACGCCGGUGCGAAGGUGAACGCCGCCCGGUUUCACGAGACGGCGCUCCACCACGCGGCGAAGGUGAAGCGCGCGGAUCUGAUCGAGCUGCUGGUGGAGUUCGGGGGCAACGUGUACGCCAAAGACAGACACGACAGGAAGCCCAGCGACUACACCAAGCAGGGGUCGCCCCCGGCCCUCUGCCUGGAGUUCUACGAGCGAACUCCCAUGAGCCUCCAGCAGCUGUGCCGGGUAGUGGUGAGGACGGAGCUGGGCACCAGGGCCCUGGACGUGGUCUCUAAACUCGACCUGCCGAAGCCCAUCAUCGGAUACCUGCGCUACUGCUGACCCACAGGCCUAUCAGCUCCCGCGUGACGAUUUUUAAAACCAGCCCCCUCCCCCUCCCCCUCUCCCACAGAACAUACGCACAACGGGGCGAGGUGGGGGCACUGGACACCGUACUUCCUCUGAAACAGUGUUAUCAUCGCCUCACGGCACGCACAAAACGCGAGUCACCAGAAACAUCCUCACUCAUCCUUUCUGGUGAAUCUCCCAUCUGUGUGCACGUCCAUUCUGCACAGCCUGACGGAAUCACUUGAAACAACUCGGAUAUCUUUGCGUAAGGGAAACGGGGAGGAGGACUUCAGCUGAGAGGGCAUAUCCCGUAAAUGCAGCUUGUGCCUAAUCUUAAUGUUUUAGAAAGCUCACAAGCAAACCGGACAGAGGACAGCAGCUAAUCAGUAUCCAUAUCCAUAUGAGGGACACGCAACACAUUCCUGCAAGGAAUUGUGGGUCUUGGCCCACAGGCCAUAUUCUGGUGCUCACUCUUCUCAAUAAGCUGGAGAGAUAUUAAAUACAUUCAACAGGAAUGGCUAAACAAGGGUCUUAAAUAUCACUUUGGAAUAAAUCAGACAAUUUUAUGCUGCUUUUAGGUUUGCGCGUAAAUUCUCUUGACGGUUUUGUUGUGCCCACUGAACCCUCCAGUAAUGUGAAAUCCGCCUGUGGUGAAAUAAUUGUUGAUUUGCACAGACAAUUUAUGUCUCACAGAUUUGAAUAACUACUCUUGAUUUUAUUAAAUUUUUUUCUGAUUUUAGACAGAGCAGGAACAGUACAGGUGAAGUGGAAUUUUACAGGUGUCCGUUCUGAUCACAUCGCUGUUCCUAUUUCAUUGCUGCUUAAAGCAUUCCGUGCAAUGGAUGAUUUUAACAUCUAAAUGAGCAUUACAUCCGUUACAUUUAUUCACAUGUUUAUUUAUUGCAUCAUUAAUCCUUUAAAAUUUGACUUUUGAAUGUCUUGAGUAAAUGCAACUUGAAAAUAGUGUUAGUUCGAUGGAUUUUAAAGAAUAAAAUGUGAUUGACAUCCAACAUUAAAAAGAACCUGAACGGUC